AUGGAGUGGAAGGCGAUCUAUUCUGGCAUCUCAUUUGAGGAUGCGAUGAGGACUGAUGGUUUGAUGGGGUUUGAUGUCCUUUGGGCUAGUGUUGUCUUGUUUCCUGACUCUGAGACGAUGAAAGUGGCUAUUUCUAGCUAUGCAGAUGUUGCGAGAAGCAUUGGUGACAUUGUACGAGGAAAGAAGAGGGAGGCGGGGAAUGAGGUGUAUACUUGUGGUUUCCGAUGUACACUGGAGGAAGUCAUUGGAAUGGUUGAGCAAGAGCUAGGGAAGGAAUUGGACCGAUACGAAGGUGAUUUGGAAGGUGCACAGAAGGAAGCCGCCGAGAGGAUGAAGAGGGGUCAUUUUGAUGGCGGGGUUGCACUAAUGGGGCGGGUGGCAGUUUGGGAUCAGACUGUUGACUCAUGGGGAGUAUGGAAUGAUCGGAAAGGAAAGGAAGUAGAUAAAUGGGGCUCGGAAAUGAGAAAGGUGGUAAAUGAGGUCAGAAAUGAGCCAAUUGGAGGAGAUGGAUGUGAAUGUUGA